AUGCAAUCAAGGAAUGCGGCCCUUGAAGAGGGAAAGGAAAGAAACAGCCAAUCGAAGCCCUUGAGACCAGUGCGGCUACUUGUGUUGUUUUUUGCUCUAUGUGUUGUGUUUUCUGUCAUUAGCAUAUACACGGUUAAGCAUUUUGGAAUUGAGAGUGUGGUGACCACAAUGAGUUCUAGUUUUCAGCCAUGUUAUUAUGAGGAACCCGGUGGUUUGGAUAAGUGGAUUAAGCCACCUUUGAGCUUGAUCCAUAAUAUGAGUGACAAAGAACUGCUGUGGAGGGCUUCUUUUGUUCCAAGGAUCAAGGUUUACCCAUAUCCUAGAGUUCCCAAGAUCGCAUUCAUGUUCCUGACCAAGGGACCAUUGCCUCUGGCACCCCUUUGGGAGAGAUUUCUCAAGGGACAUGAGGAGUUCUUUUCCAUAUAUAUCCAUUCACUGCCCUCAUAUCAACCUCAAUUUUCUCCUUCAUCUGUCUUUUACGGCAGGCAAAUCCCUAGCCAGAUUUCUGAGUGGGGAAGGAUGAGCAUGUGUGAUGCGGAAAGGAGACUCCUUGCUAAUGCAUUGCUUGACAUCUCCAAUGAGUGGUUCAUUCUUCUCUCUGAGUCGUGCAUUCCCCUCUACAAGUUUAGUUUUAUCUACCAUUACAUUAUGAAGUCCAAACACAGCUUCAUGGGUGCAUUUGAUGAUCCGGGUCCAUUCGGAAGAGGGCGCUACAACGAGCACAUGGCCCCUCUGGUGAACAUCAGCAGGUGGCGCAAGGGGUCACAAUGGUUCGAAGUAAACCGAAAGCUUGCCAUCACCAUAGUUGAAGACACGACAUUCCAUCCAUUAUUCGAACAAUAUUGCCGGCCGGCAUGCUACGUGGACGAGCACUACUUCCCGACCAUGCUCACCAUUUUAGCACCAAAUGUCCUGGCCAACAGGAGCAUAACUUGGGUGGACUGGUCUAGGGGUGGAGCUCACCCAGCUACAUUUGGAAGAAAUGACAUCAGUGAGGAGUUUUUCAAUAGAGUUCGUGGAGGUAACACGUGCUUAUACAACAAUAGAAACUCCUCAGUUUGUGUUCUUUUUGCCAGAAAAUUUGCUCCUAGUGCUUUGGAACCUUUGUUACAUAUGGUGGAUUCAAAGGUAUUGGACUAUUGA